AUGCUGCCACCUGCUCCAAGAGAGCAAUCGCCAGAUGAGUUUCGGUAUCAUGAUGCCAUGAACAACUUCUGUAUGGGGUUUGACAAUGCAACGAAUGAGUACAAGAUUGUUCAUACUUACAAGUCCGUUACAAAUAGCAUGGUUACAGAAAUCUACACUUUAGAUACAUCACCUGUGCCGGCUCAUGGACACAUACACUGGAGAAUAAGCAAUAGGACUCGGUCACCCGAUCAUAAUAUUGAUGAGAGGAAGUUACUUUCUUUCGAUGUGAAUAAAGAGGAAUACAAAUUGACCACUCUUCCUCAACUCCGUAGGCAUUGGAGUUUUACACUGUUUAAUAUGAAGAAAUCCCUAGCUGUAUCAGAUGUCAUAUAUGAUAGUAAUACAGUAGGGUAUGACAUAUGGAUCUUGAAAGAUUACAAGAACCAAGAGUGGGUAAAGCAAUACACUAUGAUUAUGAGUUGUUCGCUAGGGCUAAAUGUUAUUGGUGCUUGGCAGGAUGGUGUGAGACUCUUUAGCGGUAUUCGUAACCGAGAAAUAUUUUAUUAUGAUCCAAAAACUAAUCGCCUGGCAACCAUAGUAAGCCCUUCAAAUACAUAUGGAGGAACGAUAAUUAGUUGUGCUACAAGCCUGGUCUCUCUCAAGAAUUAUGGAGAAUUGAAACAUUGA